AUGAGGAAGCAGAACAUUAGAACCCUCUCGCUGAUCCUGUGCAUGUUUUCCUACCUUCUGGUCGGGGCCGCGGUUUUCGACGCGCUGGAAUCUGAGUCUGAGAGCUCCAGGAAGAGAAUCUUGGAAGAGAAACUCCACGAGAUGAGGAAAAAAUACGGCUUUUCCGAGAAUGACUACCGAGAAGUAGAGCGUGUGGUUCUGCAAGCGGAGCCCCAUCGCGCCGGGAGGCAGUGGAAAUUCGCCGGAUCCUUCUACUUUGCCAUCACCGUCAUCACAACGAUAGGUUACGGACACGCAGCGCCGGGCACAGACGGCGGGAAGGUGUUUUGCAUGUUUUACGCGGCGCUGGGUAUUCCACUGACGCUGGUGAUGUUCCAGAGCCUUGGGGAGCGCAUGAACACCGUUGUGCGCUGCCUGCUGAGAAAGACCAAGGAGGGGCUGGGACUGCGUAGGACGGAGGUGUCCAUGGAGAACAUGGUGCUAGUGGGCUUUCUGUCCUGCAUCGGCACCCUGGCUGUUGGAGCGGCUGCCUUCUCCCACUUUGAGGGCUGGACCUUCUUCCACGCCUACUACUACUGCUUCAUCACCCUCACCACCAUCGGCUUCGGGGACUUCGUGGCACUGCAGAAGAAGGAGGACCUGCAGGAGAAGACGCCCUACGUGGCCUUCAGCUUCAUGUACAUCCUGGUGGGGCUGACGGUGAUCGGGGCCUUCCUCAACCUGGUGGUGCUGCGCUUCCUCACCAUGAACGUGGAGGACGAGCGCCAUGACGCGCGAGAGAGGGUGUCGAUGAGGAGGGGGUGGUACGGGCGCGGAGGUCCCAGCAUGGGUGAGGACAGGAGAAGCAGGAGCAGGAGCACCCUUUUCUUGCCCAUGGAGGAGGGCGCCAGCCGCCUCAACCUCCUCCCGUCGCCCAGCGAGGAGCGGGAAUGCGAACGGGAGUGGGGGGGCCCCCCGAGGCCACGCCAGCCCAAAUCCGAGUCCCACCUCCGUUCCCUCUGCCCCUGCAUGUGUGACCAGCUGGGUGCCUGUGACAGCCCCACCCUCUCGCACCAUGAGCACCUGGGCUGCCAUACCAACUCCGUCUACUACAACUCCAUCUCCUACAGGAUUGACGGAGGCUCACAUGGCUCCAGAGAGGACCUGACACCGUGUUCUCUGGACAGCAGCUGCCUCACCCCAAACUCGCGGAGGAAUUCUGUGUAGCUUCACUUAACAUUUUUAAGCAGCAUUUAGGAUGAUCUCAGACAGAUUUUUAUAUGUAAUAUACAGUAUGUUUGUGUGCAUAUACAUAUGUACACACACACACACACAUACACACACACACACAUGCAUACACUGUUAUGCACAGCAGA